GGUUAUGUUGCUAUUGAGUUAGGGGUAGUUAUGUUUGUUAUUGAGUUAGGGGUAGUUAUGUUUGUUAUUGAGUUAGGGGUAGUUAUGUUUGCUAUUGAGUUAGGGGUAGUUAUGUUUGCUAUUGAGUUAGGGGUAGUUAUGUUUGUGAUUGAGUUAGGGGUAGUUAUGUUUGCUAUUGAGUUAGGGGUAGUUAUGUUUGCUAUUGAGUUAGGGGUAGUUAUGUUUGCUAUUGAGUUAGGGGUAGUUAUGUUUGCUAUUGAGUUAGGGGUAGUUAUGUUUGCUAUUGAGUUAGGGGUAGUUAUGUUUGUUAUUUAGGAACGGGGUAUGGAUAGUAAUGUUUGUUAUUUAGGAAAGGGGUAUGGAUAGUAAUAUUUGUUAUUUAGGAAAGGGGUAUGGAUAGUAAUGUUUGUUACUUAGGAAAGGGGUAUGGAUAGUAAUGUUUGUUAUUUAGGAAAGGGUAUGGAUAGUAAUGUUUGUUAUUUAGGAAAGGGAAAGGGGUAUGGAUAGUAAUGUUUGUUAUUUAGGAAAGGGAAAGUGGUAUGGAUAGUAAUGUUUGUUAUUUAGGAAAGGGAAAGGGGUAUGGAUAGUAAAAUUUGUUAUUUAGGAAAGGGAAAGGGGUAUGGAUAGUAAUAUUUGUUAUUUAGGAAAGGGGUAUGGAUAGUAAUGGUGUUGUGUAAACUGAGCUGAUCUACAGUAUAAUCUCCAUUGACACUCCAUAAAAACUUAUCCAAAUGUACUUGCGAUUAGUCUAAUUCAUUUAAAAUAAAAUGACAUUUUUUGGUAGGAAACAAUAAUUCUUGAAGAAGUUAAUGCUUGUUAACCAUUUUAUUGUCAUAGUUAGUAACAUGACUAUUGUAAGGAAAAGAUAGACGGCUAUGGCUUCAGUUAGUAAAUCUACUAUGAAACGCAAUACUGUGGACAACAAAUGAGGUCCUGUUUUUAAAUUAAUAUAUUUUGGAAUAUAGAAUGACAUUUUUUUAAAUACAUGUAGCUGGGUAUUUCUUUAGAGUAAAUUAUGUGCUGAUUGAUUAUUCAAAAGGUACGGGAUGAAACAAUCUUUCCCAAACUCAGUCCUAGGGAACCCAAGUAAAAAAAAAUGCCCUAGCGCUACAAAGCUGAUUCAAAUAAUCAACUAAUCAUCAAGCUUUGAUAAUUUGAAGCAUCUGUGUAGUGUAAGGGGUCCCGGGGAUCGAGUUUGGGAAACGCUGUGAUAAAGGAAAGGAACUGUAAAAACAAAACUAUUGAAAUGUAGCCAUAGAUUUCAGAAUUUAUUACAUAAAGUGGCCUGUACCCUGAUCGAUAGCUAGCUAAAUAAAUAUUGAAUGAUCUAUAGCUAGUUUAAAAAAAAAUUGGCUGAUCUAUAGCUAGCUAAAUAAAUAUUGACUGAUCUAUAGCUAAGCUAAAUAAAUAUUGAAUGAUCUAUAGCUAGUUAAAAAAAUAUUGACUGAUCUAUAGCUAAGCUAAAUAAAUAUUGAAUGAUCUAUAGCUAGUUUAAAAAAAAUAUUGACUGAUCUAUAGCUAGCUACAUAAAUAUUGAAUGAUCUAUAGCUAGUUAAAAAAAAUAUUGACUGAUCUAUAGCUAAGCUAAAUAAAUAUUGAAUGAUCUAUAGCUAGUUAAAUAAAUAUUGAAUGAUCUAUAGCUAGUUAAAAAAAUAUUGACUGAUCUAUAGCUAGUUAAAAAAAUAUUGACUGAUCUAUAGCUAGCUAAAUAAAUAUUGAAUGAUCUAUAGCUAGUUAAAAAAAAUAUUGACUGAUCUAUAGCUAGCUAAAUAAAUAUUGAAUGAUCUAUAGCUAGUUUAAAAAAUAUUGACUGAUCUAUAGCUAGCUAAAUAAAUAUUGAAUGAUCUAUAGCUAGUUAAAAAAAUAUUGACUGAUCUAUAGAUAGCUAAAUAAAUAUUGAAUGAUCUAUAGCUAGUUAAAAAAAAUAUUGACUCAUCUAUAGCUAGCUAAAUAAAUAUUGAAUGAUCUAUAGCUAGUUUAAAAAAAUAUUGACUGAUCUAUAGCUAAGCUAAAUAAAUAUUGAAUGAUCUAUAGCUAGUUAAAAAAAUAUUGACUGAUCUAUAGCUAGUUAAAAAAAUAUUGACUGACCUAUAUCUAGUUAACUAAAUACAUGGUGAAAGAAUAUUUAAGAAUAACUCGUAACUAACGAAACAAGGAAAUGAUUCCUCUUUACUUCAUUGAGAUAAACACCAUAACCGAAAGGUUGCAAGAUCGAAUCCCAAGGUAAAAAGGUAAAAAUCAGUUGUUCUGCCCCUGAACAAGGCAGUUAACCCACUGUUCUUAGGCCGUCAUUGAAAAUAAGUAUUUGUUCUUUAACUGACUUACCUAGUUACAUAAAGGUAAAAUUAAAAAUACAUGCCACACAAUUUUGAUGGUAAAGUCUAAUUGGUUCGAAUGCUGACAGAUACUAGAUUAAACCAAUCAGUAUUAUCUGUAGGUGGGAUAUUGGACGCAAAAUAGGCUGAUGCAGGGUCAUGGUGGAUUGGGAAGUGGGUUAGUGUUAGUGGGGGAAAACCCAGAUGGGGUGUGAGGAAUGUGUUGAGGUACAGAUUGUGAAGCAUGUCCUGUUAUAUUGCAGGCGGUAUACUGAGGAUAGGAGGACAUUUUUCUGUGAGAUGGCUGAGUUGGGUGUCACCACAUAUGUCUUGCUUGUCCUAUGUUGCUCUGCGGGUGCUCACUGCUCAAUGAUUGUCUAUAUUGUAAUUGUUUUUAAUAACCUGCCCAGGUUAUUGAUUAAUGUGCACUGUCCCUGUAAAAAAUAAACUCAAACCGGCCUGCAACUAGGAUUGUGAGGCCAUUAGAUAUUUAAAUGUGUAAUUCGCACUCCGACCUGAGAAAGGCAGCGAUACGCAAUACGGCAUCUAGUCUGCCGGAAACGGACAGGCGGGGUUUAUGAACUUGGAGGGAACUUCAACACAACAAACCAAGAAAGGAAAUCGAAGAUGAAAUGUGAAUUUAUCAAAAUUGCUAAACAUAAAUAAAUAAACGAAACCGAUUGCAUCCGACGUGCACGAGAACUUGGGUUGCAUGCUUUUAGUUCGGUAGCUAAAGUAAAAGCUUUGAUGACCAGACGAAAUAUUGCAGAAGUACGCGAGUCAUGCAGCAUCGAAGCAAGACCAGUCUGGCAACACAGCUGUGCAAAGCUGUGACUGACGGAGAACCAAGAACCGUGCAGAUUCUUCUCGCACAAGGAGCAAAUCCCAAUCUUGUCGGAAGUAACGGUGUUGCUGCUGUGCAUUUGGCAGUUGGCAAAGAGACGGAGAAAAGUAUACGCAGCCUGAAGUUAAUUCUACAACAUGGGGCAGACCCCAACAUCCGGUCUUCGGAUGGCUUGACACCCCUGCACGUAGCAGCGUUAUGGGGUUGCUAUCAGAAUCUCAAACUGCUGUUAAAGAAUGGAGGGAACGCAAACUUAAAGGAUCAGGAAGGGAACAAACCAGGUGAUCUGGCACAACAACAGGACAACCGCAGAUGUGCCCACCUCCUUCAGGAGUACCAGUCUCAGUCCUUGGACACAGAGGAGGAAGAUCUGCCUCAAUUCCAAUACUCUGUUUACAAUGGCCAAGGUGACGCAUCAAGCUACACUGAGUCCGAAGACUGCAGUGUUCUCUCUCACAGCAUGUCCUUGCUGAGUGACUUCGGGGAGGGCCCACUGAGUAGCACACGACAGACCUCGUUCUUUGAACUGUCUGCUAUUAGCAACAGGCACAGUUGGAGAAGAGGAUCCCAUUCAGGGGCGUCUGAUUAUAAAUCUAACCCUGAGGUGCGCCACACCAACGAUUGGGACACGGACUCUGACUGGGAGCCUCCAUCAAUGUUAUCCAGCACUCGUAUGUCCGUCGCAGGUCCCAGAGCCGCACUUCCUGUACUUCGGGAGGAUGCACCACUCGCUGACUGCAGUGCGCUGCAUCCGUCUGUAACUGGGAACAGACUCUCUCCUCCUCCGUUGGACCUCCUCCCUCCUUGCUUUUCACGACGCACGAGCCGCAAGAGUGUGAGCUUCAGAGAGGAAGUGGACGAAUACUUCCCUGUUUUUAGUUCAGAAUCUCCGAGGCGGGAGCCAGGGGGUCAGGGUACUGCCUACUCUAAAGACUAUACUCUCGACUUCUCGGAAUACUCCGAGUUCCUGGAUCCAGAGCGCAUGGCCACCGUCCUACAUCACCAGGGGAUCGACGUCACCUCCCCUGAACAUGUGUUUGUAUUCUCCAAGGAUAAUAAUGAGUGCACUGAGAUCGACAUGGAAAAAACAUUUGUUGGACACUUCCCAUUUGAGGAAGAGAACGGAGAAGUCGUUGAGAAUCAGGUAGAAGAAGUGAAGGUCCCAUUAUGUGGCUCUGCUGGCAGCAGCAGUAGCAGCGGAGCUAGUAGGUACAGCAGCUGUGAUAGUGACCACUACAUUACGACCCUGGAGGCGUCCCCCAGGCGGGUCUCAGCCUCUGAAGAGGAGCGUAAAGUGAAAAGCAGAGGUGUCGAAGACGACAAACACACACAAAAUCCUAUGAACACUAACAAUGUAGAUACUGAUGAAACUCCUAACAGCUCAGAGAGGUCAAAACCAGCCAUGGUAGAACUACCAGCCAUGGUAGAUAACCUUACAUUGACUGACAAAAUAUCUCCAACCAAAGGUCCAGGUUGUGAAAAAAUAUUUCCAGAUGCUGUCUUAGCGGGUAAUGUUGAAGAGUUGUCAACAAGACCGACUGAAUGCACUCCCAGACCUGGUUCUACUCCAGCGUUGGAGGAGGACCUGCCUCUGACCCCAAGUCCCUUUGUCACUGGUAGGACGCACUCGCGGCUGAGUCGCUGCUCGGUAAUUAGCGGCAAGACCCCCGAAAGCCUCCUCUCCACCUCCUCGCUGUUUGAGCAGACCUUGCCUACGCCGACACGCACACGCCGCCAAAACAUCAAGUCGCAAGGCAGCGACAACGUCUUUUACGACACGCCAUGCGGGCGUAGUCGCACCCCAGUCUUUUCUGGAAACGGGACAGCUAGUACUUCUGGGGACUCAUUUGUCAUCUACGAGAGCCAAGAGCCUCAAUCUAGCACUCUCAGAGCCGACAGAAGUCAAGGGUCAUAUGUCAGUGCCAGCCAAGCGGACACCCUCAUCAUCGCCAAGGACGACAGAGGUCAGGGAUCUUGUGUUAGUGCCAGCCAAGCGGACACCCUCAUCAUCGCCAUGGACGACAGAGGUCAGGAAUCUUGUGUUAGUGCCAGCCAAGCGGACACCCUCAUCAUCGCCGAGGACGACAGAGGUCAGGGAUCUUGUGUUAGUGCCAGCCAAGCGGACACCCUCAUCAUCGCCGAGGACGACAGAGGUCAGGGAUCUUGUGUUAGUGCCAGCCAAGCGGACACCCUCAUCUCUAAAACCAUGGCUGACACAGUCAUCGUAACUCCAAGUUUAGCUGACAAAUUGUCUUUACUGGAUAAUUACUUUACUUUAAAAAAUCCUCACAAAGAGACUGUACCCACUUAUCUGAGAAAAGACGUUCUUGAAAGUGGUGAAUUUCUAACCGACGAUUUGUCCAGCUCCAGUGAUGCAGUGACCAAGGAGGGGACAGUUGGUAGCUUUGGGCCAAGAGUGGAGGAAUCCUGGACCACAGAGGAGGCCGACUCAAGCUCAUCUUUGUCAAGUUCCCAGACUCCAUCUUCAUCCAGCUCCAGUUACUUCUCUCCAAAAAGAGAUCAGCCCCCCUCGACCCCAGGCACUACCCCGCGCUACAGCAUGAGUCGACUCUCCCACUUCCACAAGCCUCAGCGGCUGGCCAGCCUCUCCUACACUCCAGGCGGACGUCCUGUAAUACCAGACCAGGAGGAACCGGUGGAGUACCUCUACACGGACACGGAGCAGGGUCACGAACUGAUCGAGACCCACGUCCCACCUGCGGCCAACACCUCGCUCAGCUCCAACAUGAGCACGUUCAGUGGCGAGGACACAGUGCUUUACGACUGGCGCUCCCUGCAGGGUGGUGGAGGUACGGAGGCCAAAGGGAAGGAGAACCAGGAGCCCGUGGUGGCUCAGGAGUGGUCAGAGACCAAAUGCCUGACGGACAAGGAGCUGAGACGCAGGCUUGUGGAGAUGGGAGAGAGUCCGGGACCCAUAAGUCAUCGUACCCGGCCAGUGUACAUGAAGAGGCUAAGGCGGCUGUUGCUGGAGCCGGACACUCAACAACUACUGCCGGACCAACCCCAAGGUCCUGCGCAGGGACACAGUCCAGAGCUGUGUGUGGCCCUGCGGACGUUGGUGCUGCCCGACUGCCAGGAGGAUGAGCUGGCGCUGUGCCAGCAGUUUGACCAACCAGACCAGAACAGGAAGUGGCGGGAGGGCGUCAUCAAGUCCAGCUUCAACUACCUGCUACUGGACCCCAGAGUAACAAAGAACCUACCGUAUCGGAGUCAUUCCAUGAGCCCUAUGGAUUGUUUUCAGACUUUCAUCAGCGCUAUAUUCUACGUGGGUAAAGGCAAACGCUCCCGACCCUACAGCCAUCUGUACGAGGCUCUAGACUACCACCGAGGAGAUAAGACUUCUAAGAAACUGUGCUCCAAGGUGCAGCACAUCCUCCAGGUUUGGAAGGCCGAGCAGGGGGUGAUCUCUCUGCACUGCUUCCAGAACGUCAUCCCCGUGGAGGCCUACACGCGUGAGGCCGUCAUGGUGGACGCCAUUGGCUUGAAGAUGCUGACCAACCAGAAGCGAGGGGACUACUACGGGGUGGUGUCCACGUGGCAGUUGAAGAGGAAGAGGGAGCUGGGGGUGCACCUGCUCUACAGGGCCAUGCAGAUCUUCCUGGCUGAGGGAGAGAGGCAGCUCAGACCUCCUGAUAUCAGGGUGGGACAGUAGUGCCCCCCAGUGGGUAGAGUUGGGUACUGCACCAACAGAAAAUGAAAGUGUUUAUUGAACAAGGUGUUGACUAGUUUACUCCAUUCAGACGAAACUUGGGCUUAAAGGUCCAUUGCAGCUGUUUUUAUCUCAAUAUCAAAUCAUUUCUGAGUAAUAAUUAAGUACCUUUUAUUAUGAUUUGUUUUCAAUUAAAAUUGUUAAAAAAGGAACAAAAAAUAACUUCUGAGACUAAGAGCAAUUUCUCAAGCAAGAAUUUUGAUGGGACUGUCUAGGAGUGGUCUGAGUGGGGAGAGGAACAUUGAAAAUGGACAAAUUUACAGCCUGUUGAUGUUACCGGGCAGGUCAAAACUCCAUCCCACCAAAACAGGCUGACAUUUCAGGCGGUGGUUUCAAACAGCACUAAAAGGGUAUUAUCAUCAUUUUCACAAUAUUAUUUCAAGCUCAUAGUGUGGGAAGUUAAUAAAACCACAUUUUUGACUGUA